CUGGGAUCUUUAUUACAUAAGACUCCCUCAAGUCAUUGCACGUGGACACACACCUGGCCGUUACCCGUGAGUGUGUGUAUGGCCUGCCAGUUGUCUAUGACAGCGAGAGGUCUAACUGGAGAUCUUUAGGCCAGAAGUGUGACCGUUUGGAUCAUCACGAGAGUGUGAGAAGCAUGAUUGCUGAAGAGUUUGGUGUGGUUUAUUUAUAGGCUCUGCAUCAGCAGCAGUCACAGUGCUGCAAAUGAAGCCCUUCAGAGAGAGAGAGAGAGAGAUGCAUGUGACAACGGCGGUCCACUGAGGUCUAUAUUGAAUCAGACGAGAGUUUUACCGUCUUCUGCACGCGGAUCCGCGGAGGAAACCAGCAACAGCUCUCGCGGAAAGAGGAGAUUUAACACGGUCAAAAAGAGGCUGAAGGAAAGAAAGAAGCCGCGAAAUCGAGAAAUAAGGAUGCUCUUACAGAUGUAGUUUGUGGGUGUGAAGCUGUCUGUCGCACAUCAGCUGGUUUUCUGUCACUGGUUUUCAACUAUUGAGCACCGGUGUUCGGUUGCAAUGUCAGUGCAGGAGUUUGUAUUUUUCAGGAUAAUUCCCACACCAUAAAAAGAGAUUUGGAUUGUGGGAAUGUGUGCAGAAACUCUCCUGCACUAAUAAAUGCGUAUCGACUAGUGCGUUCAAGGCGUUAUCUAAAAUACAGUCUGAAGUCAUAAGCCAUGGCUCUAAGGCCCACCCUCAUCUUCAUUCUCUUACUGAUUGGCUGCUGCGCUCUUGAGGACCCGCCCAAGGUUACAGCCCCGCCCCCUCCUCAUGGAUGUGGCGCUACAGUGGACACGCCCUACAGAGUUUUGUGCGAUCUGGAGUCCGUGUGGGGCGUGGUGCUGGAGGCCAUAGCGUGCGGCGGUACCAUAUUUGCUUUGAUUCUAGCUGUGAUUCUUUUAGCCAAGCUGAAAACGGUAACGGAACCGGAGAAGCGAUGUGGCGUCGGUCCCCUCCUCCUCCUAUUGGCCGGAACCAUGGGUCUCUUCAGCCUAUCGCUGGUGUUCUUGGUGGGGCGUGGCGAAGUGCUCUGCAUUGUGCGCCGCGGGCUGUGGGGGGCGCUGUUUGCAAUGUGUUUCUCCUGUCUGCUGGUGCAGGGAGUGCGACUGAAGAAGCUGGCUGGAGGGAGGCGGAGCCCAGCAGGCAGCUCUCUCGCCGGAUUGGCGUUUACACUCACUAUGGUUCAAGGCAUCAUUGCUGGAGAGUGGCUGCUGCUUACGGUGGUCCGUGAGGGACAUGCAGCCUGCGAUUACCUGCCUCUAGACUUUGUGUUGGUGUGUAGCUAUGCUCUAGCGUUGUUGCUAGCGGCCAGCAUGUUGUCGUUGGCUGUGGUGUUGUGCGGAGGAAGCAACAGAGAGGAGUCGAGCAGGAAGACGAUGAAGUGGAGAUGCAGCGCUGUCUGGCUUUUCCUCUCAUGUCUGUCCUCGCUUCUCCUCUGGGUCGCCUGGCUCGGUCUCUAUCUCUACGGCGAUGCCACCAUCACGACCGUAGCAAAGGAUUGGGACGAGCCGGCAUUAGCAGUUGCCUUGGUGACCGAGGGUUGGGUGCUGCUGUUAUUUCACGCUAUCCCAGAAAUGCACCUGUGCUUGCGUCCAUCCAGUCAGAGGAACGCAGACACCGGGCAGAACUACUAUGACACCCCUCAGCCGCCAACGGCACAAAGUUAUCAUGACGACGAGCGGCCAACCAAUCCCAGAGCUCCGUUCACAGAGAGUCAGGCAUACACUGUAGAGGAGCACAGUGCAGUUCUGCAGACGGGAGGUUAUCAUAACGGAUUGAUACGUCCCGCUGUGCCGUUCCGGAGUCACGUUUACCAGCCCACUGAGAUGGCCCUGCUCAUGAACUCAGGACCGAUCCCAACAGCCCCUCCAAACUUCACAGGGAGGCAUCUGUGGUGGGAGCGGUUACCAUGGCAAUAAUGUCCUCUUCUGCCCCCAGAAAGGAUUGAUUUCAGGCGAUUCACAGGGUCAAAAGGCACUUUAUUAAGGUUCCAUGUUAAUCAUUUGGAAAUGCUCCUCUAAUAAAAAAGCUGAUUUCAUUUAACGGACAUUUUCAACAUGGGAGCAGGCUAAUUUUGCACAUGUUCUCUAGUAAGUGCUUACUACAAAAUAAAUGACGUGCUGCAUAUUCGAUAUCACUCUGGUGAUGUCUGUUUAGAUUACAUGAAUCAGACAAAUCGAGGACCUGUACGAAUUUACAUAAAUAGAGAUGUGUGAAAGAGAAAGGAGAGGGAGUGUUAAAGUCAACAUGAAACGCUGGUAACAGACCCAAGUGCUUACAUAAUGCGACGCAUUUCUGAGUGUGAGAGAAUAAAUGUCAUUCAUUCAUUUAUUCAAUGUGAAUUUAUUUACAGUUUUUGGGACAGUCAGGGAAAGAUAAGAGGGAUCUGAAAUGUCAGCUAAAAAAAAAAGAAGCAUAUUAUUUCAAAGAAACACACAGAUGAAUUAUUCACAAUCUAACCAGAAAUGUGUAUUUAAGGAAGUAAAAAGGGUCAGUUAUUGUCAUGUUGUGACACAGAUUAUUUCAUUAAUUUCUAGCCUUGGCAACUCUUCUACCUGCAUUCCACUUUAAAUAUAUAAUCAAACUCUAUCACUUUGAAAUGUAUUGAAUUGAUUUGAACUGUUUUGUAUUAAAUUGUUCAGUUGGUAUCUUCUUUUUAAACCUUUUUUAAUUCGAUCUUUUAGUUGGUUUUGAUAUCACGUUUGAUGUUUUUUCCAAUCUUUGCACGCUUGAUAGUCAGUCCUUAUGAUGCAGUGGAUGGGAUUCAUCUAU